AUGUAUAUGUCGGGAGUUGAUCCCUCUACGGUUGGUUUUUUUGACGAAACCUCGGUCGUGAAAACAACGCCAAAUCGGAGUUACGGAUACAGCAAGAGAGGCCUUCCAGCAGUUGAAAUCCAACGGUACGCCUCGAACUGUAACUACACUGUAAACCUUCUCCAUAGCCGUUUUUUUAUUGAUAACUUUAAUAUUUUGGAAGGCCCUUCUAAUGGAUUUGAAAUGAUUCAUUUCUUCGAAGAAAGUUUACAAGCUGUAGACCAUGUGGGGAAUCCAGUCUUGGCGAAUGGAGAUGUUAUUGUAAUGGAUAACUGCGGCUUUCACGACGGAGUUUUCGCGGAAAACCAGUUGCGCUUAAUGCUAAGAAAUCACGGAGUUGAAUUAAUUUUUCAGCCCCCUUAUAGUCCUGAGUUUAAUUCUUGUGAGUUUUGUUUUAGGUCGAUAAAAGCAUAUUUGAGGCAACACGAACAGUUUUCAAUUAACUUCACAGAACUUGCGAUUAUUCAAGGUUUGCAAACAAUCACGCCAGCUAUUUCGCAGAACAUUUUCAGUCAUUGUGGAUUUGUCAUUUUAAAGUUACUUUCUGUCCAAAGCCUCGUGAAUUCCACACAAUGGAGAGUUAUUAUGUUGUAA